AAGAAUUACUUGGCUGUAUAUCUUGUUAAAUGACAUAUGUACAUUGACGUAGAAGGGAUUUCCAUUCAAAGGAGAUCUUUAAAGUUGGAAACUUAGCGCGGACACAAAGACAGGCUUGCAUGUGUUGGUCUGACACGCUUUAAUAAUCGGACCGUUAGUCGAACAGACAAACUGUGCCAUAAUCAAUGCGAUUGGAUUGUGUUCGUUAGUACAUGACCCGGCAAGAAAUUAUAGCGGCCGCCUUCCCACCUCCUCCAAGCGUUCUACCACCUUAAGCUACGUACGUACGUGCAUUGUUUUUGUUUUGGUCGUUAAUGCAACACGUACGCACGGUAUAGCAUAUAACCUCUAAACAUUUACUGGAAGGACUUCAACUAACAGCCUUAAGGUGGCUUCACUUGCGGAACUUGGACUGUCUUUUAAUAGACUGGACAGACUUUCAGUGAUGGAUUUAUCCAGGGACCGAAAUCAACAGAUCAACCAUUUCCACAAGUCGUCUUCACAAUUUACCAUCAGCCCUAAAAAUGCCGGACGCCUGGUGCAUUCUCAGCGCAAAUCAGACGACGAAAAGCAUUGUUAUUUGCUACAGAUCUCAUUCCAAACCGUGUACUGUGAAGCCGACAUCCCCAACUCCUGUUACAAGCGACUUCCACGACUUGUCAAUGGCAUUCCUUUGGGGGCAGGACAGAUGGCUCGCGACCAGCUUUCCACAAUAAGGUGGAAAUAUGUGGAAGGGAGCAAAAACCUGCAUACGUUCAUGUCCACCCCAAUCUCGCAGGAGGAGGCUGAGGAAACUAAACGCGCCUUGAAGGACCGCAUGAUGCGGCAGUCCCAGGAGCUGUUUGGGGACAUCACUGUCAAGGCCACGGUCAUCCUCUCCCAGUGUGUUCAUUUUGACGACGAAUUCAUCAUCAACGACAUAGCAGUCCCGAACGAGGAAGGACUCCAUUUUCGGGAUUGACGUAACAGAUACUUUAGCAGAUUUUAAUAUUGCGAACCCUGUUGUCUUUCAAGAUUUACGAUAAUGCGAUUUCCUCCAGUAUUAAUCGACUGUUUUACCGGUUUGCGUCUUACCCGAUUUUUAAUCUGUGAUAACAUGUGUGGAUUAUCAAUAUUUAAUGGUUUUAUGUUUGUUAUCUAUUUAUCUGUGACUGCAGCUUUUUCCCUCCAUUGUACAUGCUAUCUAGAUUUAGGGCGCAUUGUCUUGUAAUAGAUAAAAGGUGUAAACCAUGCAGCUAUAUACAUAAAAAACGUACACAGAGAA